GGUCGGUGCGGGGCGGCCAUAAAUCACGGCGGGCAGAGCCCCCGCCCCGCCGCCGCCCUCCGCCGCCGCCGCCCGGGGGACCGGGGAGGGGGGGGGGCAGGCAGGCAGGGCAGAGCCCUCGUCCGCCGCCCCCAGCCCCUGCAGAUGUGGCGGAGCGGCCCGGCGGCCCGGCUGCGGGGGGGCCCGCUCCGCCAAGCCCCGCUCCCCGCCCCGCUCCCCGCCCGCCGGCGCUGAGCCCCCGCCGCAGUGCCCACCCCGGCACCAUGCAUUCGCUGGAGGAGCCGCUGGACCUCAAGCUGAGCAUCUCCAAGCUACGAGCUGCCCGGGAGAAGCGGGGUCCCCCCGGUCCCCGACGUCCCCAGCGCCCGGAUGCCCCGCCGGCCGGGGAUGGCCGAGGGGGGAGCCGGGGGGGUCGCCGAACUGUGCCGGCCUCGCCGUCCCCCAGCCUCCUGGCACACUCCAGGCUGGUGGAGCCGCGGGAUGGACGGUUCCCCGCCAUGCCGGUGGUGGACCUCAGCCUCUCGCCCCGCUCUGGGGGGGAGUCUCCGGCCGGCAGCGCCUCGCUCUCCCCCGAGCGCCAGGGCAGCGGGGACCUGCCCGGCCCCCUCACCCCCCACGAUUUCCAGUCCCUGCGCUACAUCGACGGCCUCCCCAGCUCCUUCCAGUUCUUCCUGCCGCUGGGGGCGGGGGGCGCCCUGCACCUGCCCCCCGCCGCCUUCCUGCCCCCCAGCAAGGAGAAGCGCCUCCCCCCCGAGCUGCCCCUGCCCAAGCAGCUCGUCUGCCGCUGGUCCAAGCCCUCCCGCCCGCAGUGCAACCAGUUCUUUGACCUCCUGCAAGACCUGGUGGACCACGUCAACGACUUCCACGUCAAACCCGAGAAGGACGCGGGGUACUGCUGCCACUGGGAGGGCUGUGCCCGCCACGGCAGGGGCUUCAACGCCAGGUACAAGAUGCUGAUCCACAUCCGGACGCACACCAACGAGAAGCCGCAUCGCUGCCCCACUUGCAACAAGAGCUUCUCCCGCCUGGAGAACCUGAAAAUCCACAACCGCUCGCACACAGGCGAGAAGCCCUACAUCUGCCCCUACGAAGGCUGCAACAAGCGUUACUCCAACUCCAGCGACCGCUUCAAGCACACCCGCACCCACUACGUGGAGAAGCCCUACUCCUGCAAGAUGCCGGGCUGCCACAAGCGCUACACCGACCCCAGCUCCCUCCGCAAGCACAUCAAAGCCCACGGCCAUUUCGUCUCCCCCGACCACCCGGAGAUGCUGAAGGUCCACCCGCCUCCCAAAACGCCCCUGGGUUCGGCGGAGGUGCCCUACGUUAACGGGGGGCAGCUGGUCAUCCCCAACCCUGCCGCCCUCUUUGCCCCCCCGGGGCUGCCGGCGUUGCCCAUCCCUUUGGCACCAGCGCCCCUCGACCUCAGCGCUUUGGGCUGCGGGGCCGCCGGCGCUCUGCCCGCCCUGCCAGGCCCCGUCCUGCCCCUCAACGGCGGCCCCUUGAACUUGGCCAAGAGCCCGCUGCUGCCCUCGCCCUUCGCCGCGGGGCUGGGGCUGCCCGUCAUGUCGCUGCUGGCCAAGGCCGAGGGGGAGAAGGGCGGCGGGGGCGAGGGGCGGCAGCCCAAAGCGGGCAAAGGGCCGGAGAGCCGCAAGGAAAGGUGCGAAAGGACGGAGGCGGGGCGGCCGCGCGUCCCCCCCGAGAGCCUGGCGCUGCUGCCAGGGGCCGUGCUCGACCUCUCGGCCGGCGUCAGCUCGGGGGGCAGCCCCGAGGCGUUGCCCCCCGGCUGGGUGCUCAUCCCCCCCGGCUCCCUGCUGCUCAAACCCGCCGCCGUGAAUUGAGGGCCGGGGAAGAAGGGGGGAGUCCGACGAUGCCCGGGGCUGGAUGCCGGCCCAGCGGGCAGAUCCCACUCCCCGGGGGUGGUGCUGGGGGGUACCACUCCCUCUUCAUCCCCCUGCGACCCCCUCCAGCCCCGGCGGGGCCUUGCUCGUGCUUUUAACCGUCACGAAAGAAGAACGGACUCUUCUGAGAAAAGCAAUAAUCCCUCGGCGGCCGCAGCCAGCCGCCACCCUGUGCCGGGGGCAGCCCUGGGGGUACAGGGGGGGCAUCCCCCUGCUCCCUGCCCCACCAUGACCUGGGCAGCCGGAGACGCCGCUAUUUAUUUCUCGACCAGCCCCCUGCUCCGACAGGGCCCCAGUUGGGCUCAUCCGCUGCUGCCGACUCGGUGUCUCCCUGCCCGGUGCCAGCGUGGGGGGGCGUGGGGACAGCGGGGUGACAGCUCGGGGACCCUGAGCUGUGCCCGGCCGUGCCGUCUGACCCUGGCUGGCCGAUGUGGCUGUGGGCAGUGCCGUGGCCACGGCACCUCCGUGCCGGGCCCAGCUGGCUGGGCACACGCCGGCCCGGUGCCUGCUCGUAUCCCUCCUGCUCCGCGGCCGCCCUCGUCCCCCGCCACCUCCCCGGCAAUCCUCAUGACAAGGCACAUGGCCGUGUGUGCCGCUCGCCACGCCGGCUCCGCGCCGGGGCAGAGCCACCCUGUUUAGCUACGUUCAUACCUAACCAUGUACCGCAAGCGCAUGCAGGCAGCAGGCAGCGCGGGCAGGACUCCAGGCGCUGGCAGAGCUGCUGCUGCCGGCCAAGGCACCGGCUGGCGAGGCACCCGCUCCCUGGGACGUGCUGGUUCCCCGAUGAGCCCUCCUGGGGUGGCGUUGGGGCUGGCAGGACGCUGCCGCGGUGCCAGCGUGCCCGGCCUGGCGCCAGCAGAGCCCGGAGCCUCCCCCGGCACACGCAAGGGUGGUCCCACGUACCUCCUGCUGCCGGGCAGGACCCCCGCUCACGGCUUUCUCUGAACCGGGCUGGGGGGUCUCCCCGAUCCUGCCCCCUCCCUGCUGGAAGGAGCCCCCCAGCCGUGUGCGCCCCGCGGGGAGCCGGUCUCCCUGCCCUCACCCUCCUGGGGCCGGGGCGCAGCGGCCGCCCAGUGCUGCCACAGCCCCAGCAUGGCCGCGGGCCAUCGACCAGGCCCCCCCCGGCCGGUGUACAUCUCCUCGCUCCUUCGUUGGUUUGUUGUUGCACAUUCCAGGACAUCAGUAUUUUAACGGUCUCGAAGUGCCUUUCUAUUGUAGUUUCUGGGUUGUUUUUAUUUUCCUCCUGUUGGGCUCCAUCGCUGUUAGCAUAGCGUUUAAGGACUGCAGAAGUAAGAGAUAAGCUAACGACUAUAACACUAUAUUCCUCCAGGGGAGAGGAAGUUU